UGCCAGGGCGCGAACAGAUACAGUUUUUCGAUUCGAUUCGAUUCGGUGCGCGUUAUUCGUAUCACCAUGAUCACGCCGCUGUCUGGAGUGGCGGUUUCGGGUGCUUUUCUGGUGACCCUGGCCCUGGUGGUCGGCGGAUCUCUGGCGGAACCCCAGCGCAGGGAGCGUUCCCUGCGACUGCCCAACGAAACCUAUCCGCUGUUUUACCAGCUGCACAUCUCCAGCGAUAUUCACAAGGGCACGCUGCUCUUCAGCGGAAAUGCCACCAUUGACGUAGCCAUUCGGCAGUCGACGAACGAGAUAGUGCUGCACGCCAAGAACCUGUCCGAUAUUCAGAUUACUGUCCGCCAGUUGACGGACGUAGGAUCCGAGAUCGUUGACGACCUGACACACACGCUCCAUCACGCGGGGGCUUUUCUCAUCAUCCAUCCCAGGGAGAAUUACGCGGCCUUCGAGGAGGGCCAGCAAUAUCGCCUGGAGAUCCUCUACACGGCCACCAUGACGUCGCGCCCCGCGGGUCUUUACUACAUGGAUUAUAGGGAUGAGGAGACCAACCGCACCUCAUACGUAGCCGCCACGCAAUCGGAGCCCACAUAUGCACGUCUUAUCUUUCCCUGUUACGAUGAACCGGGAUUCAAGUCAAACAUUAGUAUAAGGAUAACCCACGGAAGCAGCCAUUCGGCCAUAUCAAAUAUGCCAGUCAAGGAAAUACUGUCGCAUGGCGAAUUAAAAACCACCUUGUUUCAUACAACCCCUCCAAUUUCCACCUACCUUGUGGCCUUUGUCAUCUCCGAUUUCGAGAGCAUCUCUGAGACUUAUCGAGGGGUCACUCAAAGUAUCUACACCCCGCCGAUUUACAAGAAAAAGGGUCAUCAUGCCCUGAAGAAUGCAGUGAGGACGGUGGCGGCAUUCGAGGAUUAUUUCGGCAUUUCCUAUCCCUUGCCAAAAUUGGAUCACGUGGCGCUAAAGAGGAACUAUGGAGCAGCCAUGGAGAACUGGGGUCUCAUCACUUACAAGGACUCCAAUUUGCUGAUGAACGGAUCGACGGAUCAACGCCAUCCGAUUUGGGACAAGAUUACUCAGAACCAUGAGAUCGCCCAUCAGUGGUUUGGCAAUUUGGUCUCGCCGGAGUGGUGGACCUACACUUGGAUGAAUGAGGGAUUUGCAACAUACUUCGGCUAUGUGAUCACUGAUUUGCUCUACCCCGAGUACGAAAUAAUGGACGUCUUUAUUUCCCAAGAGGCUGACAGUGCCUUCAGCUACAACAGCUUCUUUGAUGUCCGCCCGAUGACCUACUACGUGGAGGGUGACAAGGAUAUCAUGAAGGUCUUCGACAUCAUCUCCUACAAGCGGGCCGCCUGCGUGAUCAAGAUGUUCCACAACGCCUUCCGGCAGAAGCUCUUCGUGCGAGGCAUCAGUCACUUUCUGGAGAAAUAUCAUUAUAGCGUGGCCAACGAGCUGAACCUCUUCGAUGCCCUCCAGACGGAAAUUCAGGAGGAUGAGUACCUUUCCCAGAAGUCAUGGGCGUCGCGCAUAAGGGACAUCAUGCUCUCCUGGACGCACAGUGAAUGGAUGCCCAUUUUGAUGGUCACGCGGAACUACGAGAACAACACCAUCACAUUUAGACAGCGAUCGGUGCACUCCAAGGACGAGCUCUGGUGGAUACCAAUCAACUUUGCCACCUCACAGUCGCCCGGUUUCGAGGACACCCAAGCGGAGAUAUUCAUGCCGCCCCAAUCGCAGUAUUCGGUGGCCCUGGAGGAUCUGAAUAUCCAUCUCAGCGGCAGGGAUUGGCUUAUGGUGAACAAACAGGAGACGGGCUUCUAUCUCGUUCACUACGAUACGGAUAAUCUGAUGGCCAUUGCCAGGCAGCUGCAGGCCAAUCACUCAGUGAUCCAUCGCAUAAAUAGAGCCGGUCUCUUCCGGGAUCUAAAGCCCCUCAUCGAGCACAACGAAAUCGAACAGGUGGCCGUGGUGUUCGAAAUACUAAAGUACCUUGAGUUCGAGGAGGACAUGCUGACGUGGUACCAAGUGGCAGAUUCCAUCGAGUGUUUGACGAGGAACCUUUUUGGAACAUCCUCACAGAACCUCUUCAACGAGUUCGUGCGCCGCCUGGUCAGUCCGAUUUUCCGGCGGGUUUACGUGGAACAGAGUUUGAACACGUCUCUGGAUGCAAGCAAUGGGAUCCUUCAAAUGGCCUGCUCAGCUGAUCUUCCCGAGUGCCUGGACUACACACGCCGCGUGGCCAAGGAGUAUAUCAUCAAUAAAAUCAACCUGACAACGGAAUCUGAAUACUUUGCCACCUACGAUACUGUCAUGUGCAUGGGAGCUCGUUACCUUAGCGAUCGGGACUUUCACACGGUAAUAGAUAUGCUGCAGGAGGCAGAUCGCGAGUCGGUUUACUACGACGACUUGAUUUAUGCACUACGGUGCACUCAGAGUCAUAGGCACCUGAACUACUACCUGGAAGUCCUGCUGGGCGAGAAUUCCACCCAUCUGAUCCUGACCGAACCCGAGGACAUGAUGUAUCUGCUUUAUGUCUACAAAUCGAAUCUGGCCUCUCGUCCGAUCAUCUGGCAGUACAUCGAGCGCAACUACAGGCGGCUCUGCCGGUCGCCCAACUUCUUGGAACACUUUAAACAGCUAGCCGGAUUUGUUCCCCGACAUCAGAGGAUGCAAUUUGUGAGGCUGCGCCAGACUAUUGCAAACCACAUAAAGUCGGAGGGUCUUUAUCCCAGCCAAAGCCUGAUCGAAUCGGAUUCGCCCCUGGUGGGCAAGAAGGUGAAGAUCAGCGAAGACUUCCAGGACAAGUUCGAGCAGCAGAUCCACAACUGGCUGCUAGACGAGAUCCCUCAGCUGUCCGGCAAAAGCGAUGCCCUGUUGGCCGCAUCCCUCAGUGCGGCCAAUGGAUCCAGCCGGCCAGAGGGAAUGCUGAAGGAGGCAACUAGGGUGUUGCGCAGUGCGUUACAAAUAGUUGAUAUGUAUAGGUGAUCGGUGAUCGCUCUUGUUUCUACUAGAGACUUCAUAAGUACAAGCUUUUUACCAAAUAAAUUAAUUCCUAUAAAACAACACACUCGAGUAAAAUCAAUUAACAGUUUAGAGCUUUUCACCACUUUGCGAAUAACCGAUAAGUGAACUUAGUUUGUAUAUGGUAUAUGGUUCUGUGGGGAGUUGAUAAGCAGGUAUAAAACGCAAUUCAUCGGCCAUAAAUAGUCAUCUGAUCUAUAGCCUAUUUUUAUACGCCAAACUUUAAAAAGAGUAU